CUUAAUUAGGAAAAUAGAAUAGAAUUUAAGAAGGAAGCUUGACAUCCUGUAAGAGUGGGAAUCAUGUGGCUUUCCAGAUGUGGUUGGACUAUACAUCCCAGAAACCAGUCAGCAAAAACAAUGGAGCUGAGCCUGAAACUACAUUUCCCAGCAUCCCAUUCUUCUCUCUCGCCUCUGAAGAACGUUCAAGAGCUAUGCAGCAGUGAGCGGCAUGUGGAGCAGUCUUGUGCGCCUGCGCAGUGGUGGUACCUUCUGGCUGGACCAUGUCUUUGCACUUGACGGGGAGUCCUUUGAGGGAGGCAGGGCUGAGCUUGUGGCUCUUGUGCUUUCCUGCAGACCUCUGCCUCUCCUCCGCCUCUGGGUUGGCUGCUGCUGGCUCCAAGUUGCCUUCCCCAGGGCCAUGCUCCUACAGCAAGAGACAUCAUCCUCUUACCAGGAGCUGAGUGAUGAUGUGGAGCAGGUGACUCUAAACACUGAUCCUUCAGAGGAACAAGAAGAUGACCAAGAAGAUGCAAGCUCAGCCAUCCUUCCAGUCCUAGACAGCAGCAGUGCUUCAGUGCCUUUCAGCAAAUCCUGCCUAAAGAAUGUCUUCUCAGUUAUUCUCCUCUUCAUCUAUCUGCUACUGAUGGCUGUAGCCAUCUUCCUGGUUUACCAAACCAUUGCCGACUUCAGGGAAAAACUCAAGCACCCAGUGAUGUCCGUCUCUUACAAGGAGGUGCCCUCUUACGAAGCACCAGGUAUUGCCCUCUUCCCAGGCAAGGCUGAAUUCUUGACCUGCAAGCAUCACUACUAUGAUCACAUUCCACCUCUGGUAAACCCAGGUCAGCCAGGAGAAAUCAAAUGCAUGACACAGAGAGUUAACUACACAGCUCCUUUUACUAAUAAAACCGAGAAACAUGCCAUCGUUGUUGAAGGACCUCGAGAUGUGAAAAAGCGGGAACUGGUCUUUAUGCAGUUCCACCUAAAUGAGACAGACCAGGACUUCAGUGCAAUAGACUACCUUCUUUUUAAUUCAUUCCAGGAAUUCCUCAGCAGUCCUGACAAAUCAGAAUUCAUGAAGGUGUGUGAGAGCUCCUACUCCAGUUGGAAGUUCUCUGGCGGUUUCCGAACCUGGGUCAAGAUGUCUUUGGUGAAAACGAAAGAGAAAGACAGCAGGGAGACAGUUGAAUUCAGACAGGAGAUCAGUGUGGUCAACUACAUUGAACGGAGGACGAAAGCGGAAGGUGACCAACUGUUUUUUGUGGUUUUUGAAUGGAAAGACCCGUUAAUUCAAGAAGUUCAGGAUAUCGUUACUGCAAAUCCUUGGAACAUGAUCGCUCUUCUAUGUGGCAUUUUCCUGGCUUUGUUUAAAGCAGCAGAUUUUGCAAAACUCAGUGUGAAGUGGAUGAUAAAAAUACGAAAACGGCACCUCAAGAGGAGAACUCAAGUCCUGAACCAUAUAAGCUGAAGACCAAGUGCUAAUGAGUUUUCUAUUACAUUGAAGAAUACAACUAAUAAUCUAUGGAUACAGAGAGAUGACUGUGCACUGACCCCGCAAACACUAGCUAUCCGGUUAUUUCCAACGGAAGUGUCAAGAGUCAGAGACAGACAGAGGUAGGGAAUCAUAGUUUGUUUAUUAAGGAGCAGAGGAAAGAGAAACAUGGCUGGGAGGCAACAUAUCAUAAGACCGUCAAGGUGCAUGCUGGGUUCAUAACCCUUGUUGAAGCAAACACAAGCAGAGUUUAUGUACGCAGACAAGACGUCCAGAAGAAGGUCUGUGAAAAAUCUUAGUUGUGUAGCAAAUGAAUCUCAGUACAGCAAGGUUUCUCUCAAAUUAGGGUCUUUAAUCUUUGUUACAUAACUAUUUACAAAGAUUACACAGAGUAUAAGACAUCCAUUUUGAAUACUCUCAAAUAAGUUGCUUUACCAACCAACUGACCAUAACAACAACCUCUGAGGCAGUUACAGUAACACCAACUGUCUAACCGACAUUCUCUCUCAGAAGAAGUGACAGUUGCAUCAGCCUUCCCACAAUGCACUGUUUUAAAAUGCACACUCAUGUAACUGCCACUAGAACUGUAAUAACUUCUGCUACAGCUCCACGUAGUGGCCACAUCCAUGUCAUUUUCUCAGACCUGUUUACAACAUGGUCCUGACAAAGACUCCCUUGACUUUUGACUGCAUGGAAUGAACUACAUGAGAGGCCGAAUGGAUAGAUUGAGUGGUUUUAGGUGAAAAGGGAGAAAAUAACCUCAAAAACGAGUGCAUUCACCGUGUUUCACAGUAAGGAGAACACGGAGAUCUCACUGCCUGGUUGGUAGCAAUUACAAACUACCCUCUAAACUUUUGAUCAUGAAUUCAUAAUAGAGUGGUCAUCCCAAGUACCAGAAGAUGUUGCAGUCUUCAGUUCCACCUGGUUCAGGCCCAUGUACAGCCAAUCUAAGGUGGACAGACCUUUCCAUAGGCUUUUAGGCAACAAUGAGGAGACUGAAUAGCUGACUAUGUCACUAUCAUAGAUCACCCGAAUCCCAACAAUUUUGUUUGCAAGAUACUAAUUUAUUUUUAUUUGUCUAUUAAGAUUUUGGAAUAACAAGACCUUUCUUUGGAUCUUGACUAAUCUGAGGAAAAUGCUUACUUUGUUCAAGCAAAACAAAAUGGAGGGAAGUAAAGGACAAUAAAGGAAGAGGCAAGAAAAGGAAGGUAAAUGAACGUAUUAGCUUGUGGCUGAAUUUAGCUUGAAAAGGUGGCUAAAAACCAUAAUGGAUGCUUCACACAGGGUAAACCCCAGGGACUACAAGGCUAUAGCUUUGUCUGGGCAAAACAAAGCAGCAAGGUGGUUCAAACAAGAAAAAGCUCUGGAUUCAGAAAUAUGUACUAAUGGGGAAGUGCUGUAAUAGAUCAUGAGGGCCCAAGUAAACCCCAAGCAGUACUUGAAGCUGCAUGACAGGGAGCCCCAUUAGUACAUGAGCUCCACAAUGAAGGGACAGGGACACAUUAAGCAUGUGAACUCAAUGGCAUACAAUGAACUUGGUGCUAGUGAAUGAAAAGGGCACGCACUUCAGAAACUCAUGUAGAAUCACAUUAACCUAAAAACCAAAACUGAAAAGGGGCUUUACAAAUAUGUUAGCAAACUGGACAGAUCAUUUGUACGUACCAAACAUAGGUUUUCCUAAAUUCAGAGGUAUUUCACUCCUUCCUGAACAGUUUUACAAUAUUAAUUGUUUACCAAAACAUUUCUUACUCAGGAUAUCCAUCUGUCAGCUUACAGCCACAGACACCACACAGACUCCCAACAUCUACUAAAAAGGAAGGGGCAGUGACUCACACACUGCUCCUGGUCAAGCCCAACAGCUGCACAUGAAGCAUAGUUUUGAAGCUGGUGGGGUAUUAGCAAAUGGAAGGAUGUCUCUAGGGUAUGCUGGGAAGGAAGCCUGAUAUUGGCACAGGCCCAGUUAAACCCAGCUCAGCUGUCAGGUUUUCAAUCCAGCUAUCCAGUGCUCCUCCCAAUGCUAAUGUAGAAGAUGCCUAAGAGGCACAUUGUUCCCUUUAAUGCUGAGAGUGGUUUUUCUUUGCAGAGGUGGGUGGGGUGGGGGUAUAAAUGAUAGGGUCAUGGCUGGAGCAUCUAGCCUCCAGUCAGCUUGAUUGGAGAACAGCCAUCCCUUUGGGCCGAGGAAGCUGUAAAUUCCUUGCACAGAUAAACACUGUUUAUAUUAAGAUUUUACACCACUUUUCUGCUGGAAAUGCUUUCUAAGUGACUUAGAAAAUUAAAGAAGAAAAAGAAGAAUCACAAUCCAAAUAUUAAAUAUACAGAUAAACGAGAUAGAUAAACAGAGAACAACAUGAGUGAAUGUUUAAAAGAACAUUCCAAUUCCAAAGCCUCAAUGGACAAAACAGUUUUUAUAAUAUUUAUAGUGUGAAAAAUCCACCCAAAAUUGCAUUUUAAAAAUAAAAUCAGGGGUUCUGUUAGGCUUUAUGGGCUGCACUUUGGGAUUGCCAGGGCUGUAAAGAGCUUGCGUGCUGUGCUUUGCCCACUCCUGGCCUACACUAUAUCCACCCAGCCCUUGGUAAACGUGAAAGUAAAAUGGGAAGAUAGGAUAGGAUAAGAAGUAGCAAAUGCUGCAUUUAAAGUAUUUAAAGACUUCUGCAGACUGAGCAACAAAGAUUGUUGAAUGAAAUGGACCUGAAAGAGAUAUUACAGAGAGGGAGGGAGGCUUUUUGAGAAGAUUCUGAUUGGUCUGUUUAGAGCCACAGAGACUAUAAAGAACACAUUAACAGUUCUCCCAUAAUGUCAACAUCAGAAUUCAGAGGGUGCUUUCAUGUACCUUCUCUUCAAUCAAUAUGAAAAUAAGGUAAAUACCUUUGUCUUUCUGCUUUAUAGGAGCUUGUGAGUUCAUCAAACAGUUUUCCAUUCAUCUCCAUAAGUGUUUUCAGCACAUUAUAUACUAAUGCUACAAUGGUCCUAGAAAAAAAGGGAAAGUGCCAUACUUUAAAUUAAGGGACAACUGUUCCGUACCAAAUCUGUUUUUACUGUCUGGCUUUUAUUUUCAUAAAGUGGAAACAGCAAUGCAGUUUGAAUGAGCUUCAGAACAUAUGCUUCUUCUUGAAGACAUAGAAUUUGGGGACUUUUAACUUGUGCAUGGCUUUUUUUAUUAAUCAGGCUUUAAAGCAAUAGGGUGCCCCCAUGAAAUCUAAAUGAACCAGUGUUUACUAUUGUAACAAUAAAUAGAAAUUAGUAGAAAUGAAAGACAGGUGUCGAAACAACAUCAAAAUAAGGAAAUUUUAUUUACAAAUUUAGGAAAUAAGGUGCUGCUUAGGUCUAAUGCAAAUUCCAAAUGCUAAGAAAUUGGCAUAUUCAUAUUGGCUUGUAUCUUAAAACACAAGUCUACUUAAAACUAUAAAGAAUCAUGACAAUCAGCGUUUUGCUUCCUAAACAGAGAGAUUUGUUUACAACUCUCAAAUAAGAAAACUGUUAACAAAAUUAUCUCCCAAUUAUUCUGGCUAUUAGUAAUAUAUUUUUAACCUCAUUCUGUUCUCAAUGUAUUAUUUCAAGGGGGUCCUUGGGAAAGAAUAGGUAAAGAACCACUGAUGUAGAACAUCAUUUUCAUAAUGGGAGAAUGCCCCCCCCCCCGCCUUCCCAUUUUCUGUAUUAUUUUUGUCUAUUGAUCAUGUAUGAUCCUAAACACCAGUAUUCUUGAACACAAAGUAUGUUUUCGGGAUUAUGAAAAUUAGAUGAUACCCUUUAAAAAGUGUCUACUUCAAUGUUGUCUUAUAAUGAAGUGGAUAAAC